AUGUCGAACCAGAACUUUGCCAACAAGGUCGUCGCCCUCACCGGCGGGGCCUCUGGCAUCGGCGAAGCCACUGCGCUUUUCCUUGCCUCCCGGGGCGCCAAGCUCUCCCUCGCCGACCUGCAGCAGGAGGGCCUCGACAGGGUCAAGGCCGAGAUCGAGCGCAGGCACCCCGGCGCCGAGGUCAUGGUCUUCCCGCUCGACGUGCGCAACUACGAGCAGGUCGAGGGCUGGACGGCCGCGACGGUCGAGCGGUUCGGCCGCCUCGACGGCGCGGCCAACCUCGCGGGCGUGAUCCCGCGGUCCAUCGGCGUCAAGACGCUCGCCGAGCAGGACUUUGAGGAGUGGGACUUUGUCAUGGGCGUCAACGCGACGGGCGUGAUGCACUGCCUCAAGGCGCAGAUGAACGCCAUCGCCGACGGCGGGUCCAUCGUCAACGCCUCGUCGAUCGCGGGCGCCACCGGCCGCGCAAAGAACGGGUCCUACACGGCGUCCAAGCACGCCGUCACGGGCCUGACGCGGACGGCGGCCAAGGAGAUUGGCCACAGGGGCGUCCGGGUCAACGCCAUCCAGCCCGGCCGUAUUGAGACUCCCAUGUCGCGCGCUGCGCGGGCAAUCGGCGAGACCCCGGCCGGCGAGGAGAAGCACGAGCAGGCGGCGCUGAAGCGCAUCGGCACCGCGGAGGAGUGCGCCCAUCUGAUCGCCUAUCUGCUGAGCGAUGAGUCUACGUAUAUCAGUGGGACGAACAUCCCUAUCGAUGGCGGCUGGAACUGUUAA